GUCGGUUUGGGGUUAUUGGUAGAUCUAGGAGAUCAUAAUGUUUGGGCUUCGCGUUCUUUACUUUAGUUUUCUUUAGGCCGAGCAUGAAUUAAUAUGAAACUGAAAACAUGAGACUCGCGGUGGUGUGUUCGAGUUAGUGGUCGAAAGACGAACGACGGCAGGUGCUUCAAUGUCGACAUCCAUACUUUCGACUGGCCCUGACUGCGCGCAGCAGCACCAGCCAAGAGGACUUAUAUUGGGCGCUGGGUGUCGGUUCAACGGGCUGGUACCAAGCACCCUUAAAACGUCCCGCCGCAGCUCCACGGAUGGACAACGCGGAGGGAGCACUGGACGCGUGUAUCUCAGCGGUGGCCUGUGCCGCCAGAGACGGGGCACACGUGGCGGAGCGUGUUGUCUUGCCGCGGAAGGCAAAGGACGUGAUGUUGAUGGAAGCAGACUGGCCGGGACGAAGAGCGCCGGUCGUGAGGGAGAAGGAGAAACUUGGUGCGUUGAACAGGAAAUCGACGCGAGCAGCCGCAUCGAUGCAGACGGCAGCACGCCUGGAUGCCGCAUGUACGACACGAUAAUCGAAAGCGGCUUGUUUGCCUCAGUGGAUAUCCUCCACACGACGCAGCGUGGCGAGCCUGAGUGCAUUGCCGAACUGCUGAAAACUGCUUUGCUCGCGGCGCCGGCAGCCGCGCGGCGGCCGGGGGUGUCUGGUGCUGAGCCCCAUGAUUUUAUGGAUAACGAAGGACCGAGUUGUACUAGCAGGAGCUCGAUUGCCGCUUCGAGCAGUGCUUCAUCAACAUUUUCAUCAAAUACGGGCAAAGAGGAAACGCUACACGACGAUGCUGGUCCUCUAGUUGACACCGGGCCGUACCACGUGAUUUUUGCGUCGUGCAAGGGCGUGCCGCACCUGUUGGACGCCCUGGACCUUCUAGCCGCAGACAUUGCCACCGGCGACCUGGUAUGGCCGAAACACCACAGAAUGUCUCUCUUCCUGGGGCGCAACCCGUAUCUCGGGGAUGCCGAGUGUGCACGGGUGGCAGAGAUCUCCCAGUGUGUACACCGACAUGAGGCCUUGGUGUCCCGCGUUUGCUUGGCAAGCCACUUUGACGCCCCGCUGACGGAUCCUGACGCUGUGCGGGAAAAGCUCAAUACGACAGUCGAAGAAGGGCUCGCGGGGGCCGCGAGCAGGGAGUACUACUCAUCUCAGAGUGUACGACCGACGGGCCAGACAAAAGGCAUCGAGCAGCAGUUUCUCUUUUACCUCACGUCACCAGAAAAUUUGUUGAGCGGCGAAGCCGCACAAGAUGUUCGCGUUGCGGCUGCCAUCCAGCCGGAUUCGCGGUAUUCGCUGUUCAACGGUGCAUCUUUGCGGAUGCGAAACAAGACCCUUGCUAUGGCCUCUUGCGGGGCUGCUGACGCCGACCCCGGGAGUGUAGAUCGAAUCGCAUCAGUUGACCUUGUUACAACUCCCGCUCGGGAUCAUGGCUGGUUAUUGGGCUGGACUCGGGACACGCUGCUGUUCAACCCGAAGGCCAAGACAGACGCCUACGCGGUGGCCCGACUGCAUCAUCCGGAUGAAAUCAAGGGAGGUAAAAUUUCCUUCAUUCCAGCGCCAGUGCAACGGUGCGUGAGUUCCUCUCGUGGAAUUGAGCCAGCCCUUGCUCCUGCCCCUUACAUCGUACCCGUGUGCCGAUGGCUUCUGAGUGGAUCAUCAUCAUCCGGGGCAGCUUCAAGGUGCACACCGGCGGCUCGGGCCCUUGGGCCGAUUCGACGGGAUGCGGCCCAUGUGUUCUUGCACCAGGUUCGGAGCGACCUGGAUACGAUAUCUUCCCGUCGUUCCUCUCUGUUCUUGAAAGCGGAGAACAAACUACAGCGAAAGGUUUGGGGAUACACUGCGCAGCGGGUUUUCGCGCAGCUUGCCGGGGUGCUUGGUGUCGCCAGCGCGGAGGCCCUGGAGGAGGUGGUGCGGACGUACGACACGCACGACGUGUCUUUGGGAUUUCAGCUCCAGAUUCUAGGAGUGGAACACCAGACGUGCGGAAGUCCUGUUCUCGGCGACCCAGACGAUUCUGUCGCCGGUCACUUCGCACUGCAGGACGCGGUGAAGGAUUUUUUAGAUCCGCGAUUCGCGGCAGCCGAGGACGACGAGUCAACAAUAGGAGGUUUUACAUCUACUUCCACUAGCAGGGCCAGAAUGCUGGUCUUCCACGGCACGUCCCAAGCCGCCGCGCGACGCAUUCUGGCCGAGGGGAAGUUCCGUACCAACGCAUUUGACGAGGUGGGGCAGUGCGAGGAGCUGAAGCAAGAGACCUGUGGGCAAUUGUCGCUGCACACCGCGAAGGCCUACGGGGAUGCGGUCUACACCGCGUUCCACCCAGAAACUGCCCUGCGCUACGCGAAAGGCCGCGGUACGCUGGAGGACGAGGACUGCGGUGCCUUGUUGGUAUGUGAGCUUCAACAUGGAUCAAUGCCAAAGUCAAAGAGCGAAAGCCAAGAGGACGAAAACUACUGUGAGGACCACGAUGGGGCGAAACAUGGUGACUGUGGAGAUCACAACGGGUCGUUCUUGAGUAGUCCAACUACAACACAGGAAGCUGACUUUCAGAUUUCUGAAGAAGCGAUGGUCAAGCGCGAGGAAAUAACCGGUAAAAAGAUAAUCGUGACGGACGAUGCCCGUGAGUCCCGGUGGGCGCUGGCACGCGGUUUGCCGUCCAUCGUGCGACCCUGGGAGCAAGUGCUGCAGCAAAGUAAAAAUCCAACUCAUGAUGAUUCUUCCAGCGGCGCAGGACAAGCAGAUGACGCGUCCUCGCUAUUGGGCAAAAAUUUCGGGAGUUUCCUCGUUCUGCCAGCGCAGCAGGUGAAGAACAAGAAAGCGCGUUUCGCGGACAGCGGAGGAGCAGAAACAGGCAGACUGGAAGUUUCGUUGCGUCCGCUGUGUGCAAUCCAUUUGGCGCGGGCGAACAGUACGAGCACCCGGCGUGGAGUUUUACGCCAGUUUCGACAAUUUCUAGCGGAACAGCAAAGCUGCAAAGACCCGGACCUGCAGGCUCACGCUCUGAAUGUGUCCACUUCUUUGCUGAAUCUUACUGACGACUUCUGGCCUGAAACAAAAAGCGCUCGUCCUGGCGUGGACGACCGCAGGGGUGGAGGGCUUGUUUGGACCCAACAAGACUUCGAUGCCGUGCUGCAAUUUGCUGUGCACGACUGCGAAGCCAGUGAUCAUUUGGAGCGGCUCCGAAAGCUUCUGUUGGAAGAAAGAAUAUCACGGGGAGGAAUAACAGGAGAGACAACUACAGCGGCUGUUACUUCUGAGCGGGCUGACGAAAUCGCAGCAACGACGAUUGCUCUUCCUCAUGCUCGCAUUUUGAUGCGUCAGGAAAAUGGACGAGAAGCUACGAAAAGAAGGAUCGCAGAGGUACGUAAUUCCGUGCCACGCUUGCUAGCAGUGUUGAAGCAGGAGUACCUCGAUCGUGAUUUGCACGGGAUAGAAGACGAAGAGCGUCGUUUCUUCUGCGAGGCCGCUUCUCAUUACGAAGCUGCAAGUCUGCGCUCUCUGAUUGACCACGCGUCUCGGCAACCGGUCGAGAAGCGGCUGGCGUUCUCUCGGGCGAUGCGCCAUCUGUGGCGGCUCUUUCAACGUGCGGUCGGCAGCGGAUUGUUGUUGGGCAGCGAAAAUUCUUCUGGAACCCCGCUUCUCCUGGGUCCAACGGUCCAGCGCGGUACGACGAGUACCAGGGAAGGCGACGAUAAAUGCGUUGAAAAUGAAGCGCUGGACGUGUCUGUAGGUUCAGCCGCCUCGGACGAAAGCACACGGAGCAGCUGCGGCUCAGUUUCUACAGCUGAAGAAACAAAAGAAGUGCAUUUCCGGCCGCGGAUUAAGGAGAAGCAUACCGAUGUACAAAAGGCAGAAGAGAUCGGCAGACAUCUUACACUUUUUGAUCUCCUGUUGCGAUUGGAGGACGAGUUGAAUUGCGAGUAUUUAACCACGAAGCGCAUUGAUUUCCUACAGCUGGUUGCACAGAUGAACAGGUCAGCGACAGAGCGUAGAAAAAGUUCCUGGACUUGGGACUUUUUUUCGUUCACACACUUUCUCAGCGACAACUACUCGUUCUUAUCAUGAUCUCGUUCUGAAAAAGGAUAGGCCGUGAUAAAAAAUUCAAACGAAACCUCUGCCUGAGUGCGUCAAGUCCAUGCCAGCAACAAGUCCCACUGAAGUCAUCCCAUUGUGUUCAGGUGCUUCUGAGUACCAUACGGCUCUAAGUUUUGUGCACGAGCACGUCGUUGCGCAUAUUCGGCGUUCAGACAAGCGUUCGCAACUUUCUUCGUUGUGCGGAGAAGCAAGAUUGUAUGAUGCCGAUAAUAUAAGGUUGGAAAAAUUUAAAAUUUUGCCCGCAGAGACAAGAAGUUUUCCGGGUCUUCUGCAGGGACGUUCCUUUGAAACGUUUUUACACCAUGGCUGGAACAGAUUCGUCGCCGACGAUCCAGCUGGGUUACUGGAGCGGCCUCCGUUCGCUCGGGUCCAACUUGCGGUAUCAGCUGGCGUAUACCAAAACAGAGUAUGA